GUAGGACAGUAGUCAGAAGUGCUUACAAACAUAACCCAGACUGACAGAGGGACACGAAGAGUUACAGAGGGCUACGGGGCAGCAGGGCAGCCUUGUGGUUAGAGCGGUGGACUAGUAACCGGAAGGUUGCUGACAAGAUGGUGAAAUUCUUCUGAACUAAUAAUAUUUGUCGAUAUGGUGAAAGGCAGUAUGUACCCAGAAGGGCUUCAUCAGCACUGUGAGAGGUGUUACAGCAUCCACUGCCAUGCCCCUGUGAACACCUCUGUCUCCUGUGUGGUCAUUAAGUGUCAUCUAGAUUGUGGCGCUGCCUUCCAUAAGUGUAAGGAGGAGGAGCACCAGUUACUAUGUCCCAAUGAGAUGGUCCCCUGCCUCAACGUUGACUACGGCUGUCCCUUCACCAUGCUCCGCCACAGGCUAGCCAAGCACCUGGAGGUCUGUCCCGCUAGCACUGUCAUCUGCUCCCAGCAAUGGAUCCGCUUCCCAGUGGCAGACACAGACUCUUCCAUCUACAGGACCACCCUGGCUGACCCUGAGAAGCAGCUGAACGUGUCCAUGGCCCUGAGAGACCAGGAGCUCCUCUUCAGAUGCCUCAAGAUGAAGACCGUCUUCCCUGAGCUGAUGGAGAAGGAGAAAGCAGAACCUGCUCAGAAAGAGAUAGAUGUAGGGGUCACCAGCUCUGCAGGUGAAGGUUGUAGUUCGUUAGACCCCAGUGAAGCAAUGGAGGAUGGAUAUAACGGUUCUGGAGAUGGGAUGGUGCAGGAGAAGGAACUGAGUCAGGAAGAGAGGGAGGCCUUGGCCAAGAACAUGGACGUGGCCACUCUCCAGAACUACAGCUCCUAUGAGGCCAAGUACAGAAAGGAGAUGAAGGGAUGCCAACAAACCGUCAAAAACAUGGAAAAGAAGUUGAAUCCCGGUGAUGGUGAAGAAGAGAAAGCAUUUAGCUUGUCAAAUGGUCAUAGAGAGCUGGAUGGGGAUGAAUCAUCCAAGGAGUGCCAGGAGAAUGGAGCCACUGCACGUGCUGUAGACGUCACCAGGUCUGGCCUUGCACCGUGGCAGGACGGGGUCAUGGAGAGACUGCGUAGAGAGGUCACCACUGCAGACUACAACAUGUAUUUGGUCCACCAUGGAGCUAUGCUGAUCAACUUCGGUCAGCUUGCCGCCUGCACCCCAAGGGACAAGGACUUUGUUUAUGGAAAGCUGGAGCCCAUAGAGGUUCAAACUGUCAGAACAUUCAACGUUCCCACGAGCUACCGGCCGAAACGGAUUCACAUUCACGACCCUUGGUCACAGAUGGUCAACAAAAGUGUUGACACGUCAGAUCUAGGCGUGUCCGUAGAAGAUCUUCCGAAGUGUGAUGAAGUCAAUGCAACUUUGUUGUGCUUCUUGGAGAAAGAACUGAAGGGUCACAACAUCUCAGAAAGUGGAGGAGCAGACGGCUUCUAUGUACACAUUGGAACACAGACUUACAACAUCCCAUCUGCUCCGUUCAAACCUGAAGCCUCUCUGGCAGACAUCAUCACAGAGACACACAAAGGCCUCUAUGUCCAGAUCCAAGCUGAGGACAUAACCAGAAGACACAACUUUACCAACUCUGCUUUUAGUUACCUCUGUGGCCACGUCUUCCGCCGCGAUGAAUACCACACUCACUUCAAGAAUGUGCACUUGGACAUCCAGUCCUGCCUGAACGGCUGGUUCGAGCAGCGCUGCCCUCUAGCGUACCUAGGCUGCAACUACAGCCAGAGGAGGUUCCAUCCCGCAGGUCAGAGAGCCACCGUCACCUACCACCAGGAUCUCAGCACCUUCAGCCUCAAACCAGAGGGCCCCUCAAUGCUGUCCGACUCUGAGAAGACCAUCAGCAUCACCUCUGACAGGAAGCAUCCCCGUAAGCUGGACCCGUUGAGCAGACUUCCCUUUGAGAUCCUCCAUCACCUGGCAGGGUUCCUGGACAGCUUUAGCCUGUCUCAGCUGUCCCAGGUGUCCCAGUUGAUGAGGGAGGUGUGUGUCACACUGCUAGAGGAGAGGGGGAUGGUCUAUCUAAAAUGGGAGAAGAAGACCUACUCCCAUGGAGGGUCUUCAUGGAAAUGUAGAAAAACUGUAUGGGAGUUUAGCAGUCUGUUUUCCAAGGUGGACAGGUGGCGCUUUGAUGAUGUCCCCUCCAUGUCUGAGCACCUGAAGGUCUGCCCUUUGUACCAGAGAGAGGAGCUCAGUCAGCCUGUAAAGCUAGCCAGCAUGGAGGGGGCCAGAGAGAGACCCCAGGGCCUACUACUCCUGUCCCAGGAGUAUGACCUGCCUCUAGCAGACCAAUGACAUUAUAAGGAGUGGGCGGUAGGUAACCCAGCAGCUAAGGAUUUGGACCUGUAGCCGAAAAGUCACCGAUUUGAAUCCUGGGCCGGGCACUCGAUUGAUCUGAGCACUGGCUUUAAAUCCUAACAACAAUUCUCUACUGUUCGGCCUUGGAGCAAGGCACUGCACUGCAGCUUGACCCUGUGCUCCUCUCAACUGUGUGCGUGUGAUGUAUGCUGGGAAAAUGAGCAGAAGACUAAGGUCCCUUAAUAAACCUCGUAGAAAAAUGCUGUAAGAGCUUACAAUUAAUCACUGUUACUAAAAUUAUAAAUGUCAAUAAGCAAUUUCUACAAAGUAAUUAAUGCAUUUAUAACCACUAUUUUACAUGAUUUAUAAAUGAUUCAUAAACACUAUUUUACAUUAUUUAUACAUCAUUUUUAAACACUAUUUUAAUGAUUUAUAAUUAUUUAUAAACACUAUUUUACAUAAUUUAUAAAUUAUUAAUAAAUACUAUUUUAAUUAUAAAAAAAUGUCAAACACUAUUUUGCGUAAUUUAUUAAUUAUUAAUAAAUACUAUUUUACAUGAUUCAUAAUUAUUUAUAAACACUAUUUUACAUGAUUUAUAGGAUAAUGAAUACGGUGUUUGAUCAUAGUAUGAUAACAAUUUGUGUAUUAUUAAUAAUGUACCACUAGGGUACUUGAAAACCAGGUAUAAAUGAGUUAUUGUCAUCUCAUAUUAAUAAUGUACCACCAGGGUACUUAUAAACCAGGUAUAAAUGAGUUAUUGUCAUCUCAUAUUAAUAAUGUACCACUAGGGUACUUAUAAACCAGGUAUAAAUGAGUUAUUGUCAUCUCAUAUUAAUGAUGUACCACUAGGGUACUUAUAAACCAGUUAUAAAUGAGUUAUUGUCAUCUCAUAUAAAUAAUGUACCACUAGGGUACUUAUAAACCAGGUAUAAAUGAGUUAUUGCCAUCUCAUAUUAAUAAUGUACCACUAGGGUACUUAUAAACCAGUUAUACAUGAGUUAUUGUCAUCUCAUAUUAAUAAUGUACCACUAGGGUACUUAUAAACCAGUUAUACAUGAGUUAUUGUCAUCUCAUAUUAAUAAUGUACCACUAGGGUACUUAUAAACCAGUUAUAAAUUAGUUAUUGUCAUCUCAUAUUAAUAAUGUACCACUAGGGUACUUAUAAACCAGUUAUAAAUUAGUUAUUGUCAUCUCAUAAGAUUAUUUAUAAAGUAUUUGUUAUUUUAUUUAGUUUUACCUUUAUUUAACUAGGCAAGUCAGUAGAGAACAAAUUC